CUGUUGGAAUAAAAGUGUGUUUAGUGCAGAGCAGCAGCACUGGUGUGUGAGCCUCUCCUCUGCAGAAGAAUGGCCCUCAUCAGGAUCCUGAUUGCUGGGGGGCUGCUGUGCUGCCUCUACUCUCUCUGCUCCUCCACAGGAACACCAGAGCCGUCUUUCUUGGUGACCUUUCCUGCCCUGAUAAGGUCAGAGUCAGAAGCCCAACUCUGUGCCAGCCUCCUGAGUCCAAAUGAGACUCUGCUUAUGUCCAUAUAUCUGAUUAAUGGAGACGAGAAGAAGACUCUUCACCAGGAAACAUCAGACAAGGACUUUCACCGCUGUUUCCAGUUCCAGGCCCCUUCAGUGAAUGAAUACACUGUGCAGAAGAUCAAAGUGGAUGUCAAAGGCCAAACAUCUCACUGGACUUCAGAGAAUCUGGUUAAGUUCAUCCCAAAACCUGCUCCCAUUACCUUCAUCCAGACAGAUAAACCCAUAUACAGCCCAGGCCAAACAGUGCAUUUCAGAGUGGUCACCAUGGACACCAAUUUCAUUCCGCUCAGUGAAAAGUACAACCUGGUGUCACUAGUGGACAGCCGUAGGAACACCAUUGGCCAGUGGCUUAAUGUGACGUCACAGGGCAAGAUAGUGCAGCUGUCUCACGUGUUAAACCCUGAGGCGUCCCAGGGCAAAUACAUGCUGAAGGUAGAAGGUGAACACAGCUACGUAUCACAUCAAUUUCAAGUGAAAAAAUAUGUGUUGCCCAAGUUUGACAUUACGCUGAACACUCCAGAGAAGAUCAGUGUUGGUGCAGAAUUGGUGGUCAGAUUGGUGGUGUGUGCAAAAUACACAUUUGGUCAGCCAGUACCAGGGAAGGCCUCUAUGUCAUUGUGUCGAGACGCUGACGAAACUGUUCCUCAAAAACCUUGUUCUGCUCUAUCAGUAGAGAUGGAUGAGUCUGGUUGUGCCUCUCAUGGCUUCAACAUGUCAGUGUUUACACAACCUGGCUUUGCUAAAAAACUGAGGAACAAGUUCACAUUGUCCGCCACAGUAACUGAGGAGGGAACAGAUAUCAGUCUGUCAGAGAGCAAAGACAUACGAUUGGACUACUCCCUUGGGAAACUCACCUUUGUUGAUACACCAGAUGUGAUUGAGGACGGAGCAGUUAUGGAGGGCAAGAUCAAAGUGACCCACUACAAUGGCACAGGUAUCGCUGACAGGACUGUCCAUCUGUGGAAAGGUGGAAGGUGGAAUGUAAAACUACUGGACCUGAUCACAGACUCUGAUGGAGUGGCCCAGUUCUCUCUCAACACGACUACUAUCACAGGAGACUUUGAGCUCAUCGCAAGCCUCCAUACAGACAUCGAAUCAUACAGACCGUUUCGUACCCCACACUAUGACUCUGCAUUUAAGUCUGUGUCCAGACUGAGACCUGCAUCUUCACACACACCUUCAUCCAGCUCUGUGACCAUAAAGGCUAUAGAUGAGCCUCUUCAGUGUGACAAAGACACACCCAUCAGCAUUAAGUACACCUUCACUGGGGAGACAUUCAACACAGACUCUGUGGAUAUCAUUUAUAUGGUUUUAUCCAAAAGAGAGAUUGUUCACCAUGGCUUCACUGAAGCUUCAGUGAAGGGUUCCCAACCGGUCAUCACGGGUGAGGUGUCCUUCAAGCUGUCUGUCAGUCCUGGGAUGGCCCCCUCAGUGCAGGUUCUGGCCUACUGUGUCUUAUCCAGUAAGACGGUCCUGGCUGGGAGAAAAACCUUCUCAACUGAGAAGUGCUUCAGAAACAAGGUGUCGGUGCAGUUCUCUCCCCCUAAAGCGGUUCCUGGGGAGAAGAGCUCCCUGCAGCUGUCAGCUCAGCCUGGCUCUCUGUGUGGCCUCAGUGCUGUAGAUCAGAGUAUCUUCAUCCUGGAACCAGGGAAGCGCCUGGAUGCCCAGAAGGUCUUUGGAUUAUUACCACACAUUCGUGAUGAUCAUUAUGACGAAUAUUGCUAUUACCAGACUGAUGUUGAAUUCUUUGAAAUUUUCGAGAGAUUGGAACUGAAGACUGCAAGUAAUCUGCAAACCACUAACUGCAAAAAGUCGGGAGGAGAGUGGAUCAUGGGCUCACGGGACAAUUCUCCCAGAGUGGAGUCCGGUGUGACAGUGCGUACAGUCUUCCCAGAGACAUGGAUCUGGGACCUUGCAGAGGUUGGAGAGUCUGGAGAAGCACAAGUCCCUCUCACUGUCCCUGACACCAUCACCACCUGGGAGACUGAGGCUUUCUGCCUGUCCCCCCAGGGCUUUGGUCUGGCCCCACCAGUUCAGCUCACAGUUUUCCAGCCCUUCUUCCUGGAGCUCUCACUGCCAUACUCCAUCAUCCGUGGAGAGACCUUUGAGCUCAAAGCAACGGUUUUCAACUACCUGCCCAAGUGCAUCAUGGUUACAGCGACCCCAGCCCCUUCAUCAGACUUCACUCUGACCCCCUCCUCUGAUGGCCAGUACUCCUCCUGUCUGUGUGCAAAUGGCAGGAAGACCUACAAAUGGACACUGGUGCCCUCUGUGCUCGGACUGAUGAAUGUUACCAUGAGUGCAGAGGCCACACAGUCCCAGGCAAUGUGUGGCAAUGAGGUUGUGUCUGUGCCAGAGAAAGGUCGAAUGGACAUAGUAACACGCCCCCUGCUGGUUAGGGCUGAAGGAAGUGAGAAGACUGAAAGUUUCAAUUGGCUCUUAUGUCCAAAGGGGGGCGCUCUAACGGAGGAGGUGGAUCUGAAACUCCCAGCAGCUGUCGUGAAGGGAUCAGCCAGAGCCUCCGUUUCUGUGCUGGGAGACGUCCUGGGUCGUGCUCUGAAGAACAUUGGCAGUCUCCUGGAGAUGCCAUAUGGUUGUGGGGAGCAAAAUAUGGCCAUCCUCUCCCCAAAUAUCUACAUUCUGCAGUACCUACAGAACACUGGCCAGCUCACUGCAGACAUCAGGGAGAAGGCCACCAAUUUUCUUAAAAAUGGAUACCAGAGGCAGCUGAACUACAAGCACAGUGAUGGAGCCUACAGCACGUUUGGCAGAGGGGAGGGAAACACAUGGCUGACUGCAUUUGUGUUGAGGUCCUUUGGUAAAGCAAAGUCCUUCAUCUACAUUGACCCACACAUUAUUGCAUCUGCCAAGGCUUGGCUUGAAGGAAAACUAAGACCAGAUGGUGUUUUCCAUAUGCAAGGAAAACUUUUCAACAACAGAAUGAAGGGAGGUGUAAACGAUGAUGUAACGAUAACUGCUUAUAUCACUGCAUCAAUCCUGGAGCUGAACAUGUCUGUUACGGAAAAAACGCUGACGUUUCUAAAGUCCUCCGUCAGUGACCUCUCCAACACCUACUCCACUGCUCUACUGGCCUACACCUUCAGUCUCGCUGGAGAAGAGGACAUACGAGCUCAGCUUCUCAAGCGCUUGGACAGUGUAGCAACCCCUGAUGGGAGUCUCCUGCACUGGUCUCAGUCCUCAUCAGAGCAAGCUGAUUCCCUGGCGGUUGAGACGAGCUCUUAUGUGCUGUUAGCUGUUCUCACUAAAACCACACUGACUGCUGCUGACUUAGGGUAUGCUGCCAGGAUUUUCAACUGGCUGGUGAAGCAGCAAAAUCCAUAUGGAGGCUUCUCUUCCACACAGGACACGGUGGUGGCACUGCAGGCUCUGGCUCUGUACGCCACCAAGGUCUUCAGCCCACAUGGAUCCAGCACAGUGACAGUGCAGUCAGCAGGUGGGGACAAACACCAGUUUGACGUGAACCAGCACAACACAUUACUGUACCAGGAGAGGGCGCUGCAGGACGUUCCUGGGAAGUACAGCGUAGAAGUCAAGGGCUCUGCAUGUGCUUCUGUGGGGGUGGCUCUUUUCUACAACAUCCCCACUCCCACUGAGCACUCAACCUUGAGCAUUAAGACUCAAGCCAAGCCUCUGACUGAGGGAGAGUGCAACAAGGCCAAUGGACAGGCCAUGAAUUUAAUCAUCACAGUCCUGUAUGAUGGACCACAGGAGAGCACCAACAUGGUUAUAAUAGAUGAGAAAAUGUUAUCUGGUUUCACACCGGACUCUGCCUCUGUUGAAAGGCUACAGGGCAGCAAACUUGUGGACCGAGUCGAUAAGAAAGAUGACCACAUCCUUGUGUAUCUGUCAGAGGUUCCUAAGGGUUUACCUGUUUCCUACCACCUGACCAUACGACAGGAUCUCCCAGUGAACAACCUGAAGCCAGCAGUGGUCAAGGUGUACGACUACUACCAGACCAGUGACCAAGCUGAGGCAGAGUACUCCUCCCCUUGUGCAUGAGAAGGUGUCCUGAUGUAUUGAAUCUAUAUGUGUGUGUGUGUGUGUGAGUGAACUUUGUUUUUUUUAGACAGCUAAAGAGACAGGGCUUCAAAUGGAAAUUACGUUUCUUUAAAAGAAAUAUGUGUGAAUAAAUGUACAUUUCGUGAUGAGUA